AUGUCCAGUGUUGGGUUACAAUCCUCAGUGCGAGAUUUAGAAUGCUCAGUGUUGGGUUUACAAUCCUCAGUGCGAGAUUUAGAAUGCCCAGUGUUGGGGUUACAAUCCUCAGUGCGAGAUUUAGAAUGCCCAGUGUUGGGGUUCAAUCCUCAGUGCGAGAUUUACAAUGCCCAGUGUUGGGGUUACAAUCUCAGUGCGAGAUUUAGAAUGCCCAGUUGGGGUUACAAUCCUCAGUGCGAGAUUUACAAUGCCCAGUGUUGGGGUUACAAUCCUCAGUGCGAGAUUUACAAUGCCCAGUGUUGGGGUUACAAUCCUCAGUGCGAGAUUUAG